AUGUACACAUUAUAAACUGAUUACGCUAUAAUAUUAAUUUUAACAUUCAAGUUAUUCUAAUUAAGAUUGCGUCUGAAUGUAGCCAACGUCUUUUCCUUAAGCAAAAAUAAUUAAGUUGUGCAAUCAAUCACUUAUUCGCAUUGGUUUAUUUAUUUUCACAUUAAUCCUACUUUGAAAUUUAAAAUUAAAUUUAAUAUAGAAUAUCUCGUUUAAUUGUAUCCAUUUCCCAGUAUUCUUAAUAAUCUGCAUGAAUUUUUGUUUCAUUGUUUUCAUUAUAAAUUAAUAAAUAAAAGUUUAUAAAUAACCUAUUUAAAUCAUUUUUCUUAAGUUAACUAAAAGUAUCAUGUUUUGACCAAUUAAAAAUAAAUAGCUAAGUUACAUUAAGCUUAAAAUAGAAAUAAUCGGACAAAGUAUGCAUUUUGA